AAGUUCCUAGCCUGACCCCUGACCCUCGCCCCGGAAGUCGGAGUGACUCGGAAGUUCCGGCUCGGUCGCUAGGAAACGAGCCAGCCCGACGCCAGGGGCGGAGCUCUGGCCUCCUCGCCGAGUUGGGGGAGGCAGGUGCGACAGGAGAAUGCACAGUAAGAAGGGGGGACCCAAAGCUGCAGCUGGGAAGUGGCAGACGCUCCACCCUGGGUCCAAGAUGAGAGCCGCUGCUGGGAAGCCUGGGGAGAACCGCCCGCCGCAGAGGAAAGCGGGCAGGCAGGCGAGGCAGCCCGCGCCGGCUGAGACCCCACAGGCCCCCACAGGUGAGAGCCCGCAUAGGAGCAGCAGGGCGAUCCAGGGCGCUUUCCGGCAGCUCCGGGCCAGGAGGGAGCUCGCCCGCCGCCGGGAGGAGCGCCGGGAGUACCUGGAGCAGAUGGAGAAGCUGCAGAGGGAGGCCUACUUCGCCCUGGUGCGCCGGGAGCAGGAGGCCGCGCGGCGGCUGCGCGAGCAGGAGGAGGCGGCGCAGUGGGAGCGGCGGGAGGAGCUGCAGCGUCGCCGCCGCCUGCUGGACGCCGCCUUCGACGGGGACGUGGGCGAGAUCCGGGCGGUGCUGAAGGAGGUGGAGCAGCUAAUGACCCGCGAGGGCGUGGGCCAUGACGAGGCAGGCAAGGCGCGGCGGCUGCAGCGACGCGUGGCUCUGGUGGAGUGCGAGGACAGCCACGGGAACACGCCGCUGUCCGAGGCGGCCGCGGGCGGGCAGUCCCUGGCCAUCCAGCUGCUGGCCGAGCUCGGCGCCAGCCCCAACAGCAAGGGCGCUUUCGGUCGGACGCCGCUGUACCGUGCAGCCUUUGGGGGCCACCUGGCAGCUGUGGAGGUGCUUCUGAAGCUCGGAGCAGACCCCCGGGUGUACGCAGAGGACAGGAGCACCCCUGAGCAGGUGGCCUCGCUGGACACAGUGGUAAGCGUGCUGCGCUCGUGGGACCUGAGCCUCACGGAGGCCGUGCUCCAGAACAUGGAGGCAGAGCAGCAGCGCCGGGCCCAGGAGGCCCAGAGGCACGAGGAGGCCGAGGCUGAGCGGUGUGGCAGUAUGACCCUCAAGGUCCAACAGCUGGCCAGGAAGCAGCAGCAGUGUCACAAGGAGCUGCAACAGGCCUACUGUGAGCUGAGCCAGAGGAUCUCAGAGCACAACCAGUGUGAGUGGAGGUGCACGGACAAGACCAAGCUCACGCUGCAGGCCAUCAAGGACGCAGAGGCCCAGGUGGGCAGGCUGCGGCAGGAGGCCCAGAAGGCCGAGGAGGCACUGGCUAUGGCCAGGCUGGAGCUGUGGGAGCAGACGCAGGAGGGUGGGCCUGAGGCGCCCGGGCUGAAGUGCCAGGUCACCGAGCUGCACGACGUGCUGAUGAAAGAGGUAGGCAGCCACAUCCGUGCCGAUUGCCGGUGGCCUCUUGUCAUUGACCCUUCGGGCCAGGUGGCCACCUUCCUGCGCUACCAGGACACCAACUAUGUGGACAUGGCGAACCCGGAGCACCUGAGGCCGGAGAGGAUGCGGCUGGCUCUGCUGGGGGCUCUGCGGUAUGGGAAGCCACUGGUGUUCGACCUGAGAGAGGUAGACCUGUUCCCAGUCGUGCAGCGGCAGCUGGAAGCCGCGCAGGAGAGGUACCUGUUGCUGCUGCCGCCCACGGGUGGGCCUGAGUGUAGCCCCACGCAGUUCCAGGAGCAGUGGCUGGAGCACUUCUGCCUCUUUCGUCACCAAGGUCCAGUGGCCGCCAGCUAAGCAGCUGCAGGUGCUGCUCCCAGUGCGCGUUCAGCUGCCAGGCACAGGCCUCUAGUGCUGGCCCCAAUCCCAAUAAAACCUGUGCCCCGGG